AUGAAAGCGCUCAGUGAACAGACUAACUUCACCCCAGGCGAGGUAGAAACUCUGAUGAAGUGUACCUACUACUCCCAACGUAAAGAGAUAAACCAAGGAACAGAUCUGCAAUCCCUCAUGGAGGAGUGGCCUUUUUUGUUCCAGGAGAUUGGCAUGACAGUCCACUUCCAAGAGCUCACUGGCAUAUCACUGAAAGAGACUUUCCUCACCAAUGUUGAAAAAAAGGGAAAACGGCUUCUGGACUUAAUGAGAACCUUUUGUGCAGGCAAGACCAAAAGAGUUCUUCAGGCUGUCACAAAGCUGGAAAUUCUGAGAGGACCGUUAGAGGGCUGCUCAGAAGAUGUCAAGGAUAUGAUACUCCUUCUUCUCUCGUACUUUAAUGAAAAAGAGGAGAACCUCUUCCACUAUGUGGAACAAACAUGUCUGGCAAAUGAAGUACAAGUGGAAAGCUUGCCUGUGACACCAUGCAUCAUUGUAUGUGGAACGUCUUGCUAUGCCUCAAGACAGUUUAUGCUAAGUCUAGAUGGCAAGGUCAUAGAUGACCACAUCCCCAACUUCAUCUCUGCCAUCUGUUUGAUGUUUGGAACCUACUACUGCCUCAAUAUCCAAUAUCCUGUGGAUCUGGGCUCCACACUUGAGGUGUUUCUUCAUGAUCAAUCCGGAGAGGGGCACAAAAGUUGA